AAGUCCUCCACCUGUAGAGUGACCAAAUGUCAAGAAAUCCCCCAAAACGUUGAGCCGGCGAGCGACCGCAGGGCGUGGAAGGUUGGAGCAGUUGAAAGGAGCGCCUCGCCGUGACUCAUAAGGCAGCAGGCGGAGCGAGGACAGUGAUACCCAGCUGUGGAGGAUUGUCACAGAAGAAAAGAGGCUUUGUUCUCGGAGGUCAAGUUGUGACUGAGCCACUCAUCUGUUAAAUCCAGACGCGUGGCAUUUGAGAGACUAAAUUCACACUUUGAAAGCAAUUUAUCGUUUCCUAAACAUUUCUAACAAAGAGUUCCCCCUUUCAAAUCCACCAUGACAAAUGGUUAGACUAAGUUCAAAUCAAUUGUAUUUGCAGAGUUUUGCAGGAAAAGUCAAUCAAAUGAAGAUAUUUUGCAGGAUGUUUGCUUGAAUCAUAUGUAUUCUGUUCAGCUCGCAUCCUCCCGAGUUUCCCAUGAGAUGAAUGGGUCUUGUUGCUAGUCACUGGGCAUCUGCUGGCAGAAACAGAGAGGUGGAGGGUGGGGGAGGUGGGGGGUGCUUGACUCCCUCUUUGCAUCAAUGAGCCUGUUGAUCAGGAAAGACCACCGGACUGGUAAUGCCACAGUUCACCGAUCAGACCUGCAGAAGAUGAAACUCAGCUUUCACCUCCCAGAUUAUUUAAGGGGGACGUUCUUUCCCGGCUCUCCGCUCUACCUCAGCACCCUCCUGGACGCGAUGAUGUGGACCGCGGCGCUGCUGCUGCUGCUGACCGCAGCCUCAUCCACCGAGGCAGACUACUGUUACAGUCAACCCCACUGUGAUCCGUACUCAUGGGGAGAUCUGUUUCCUUCGUGUCACCCCCUCCUGGAACACCAUCACUCCCCCAUCAACUUUGACCCCCACAUGCCCAGAAGCGACUCCUUGGGGCCUCUGCAUUUGGAGGGCUUCGAUGUGACUCAGCCGGGCCACUGGACCCUCACAAACGAUGGCCACUCAGUCCUCCUGCAGGUUGGCAGCGGCAUGGCGGUGAGCGGCGGAGGUCUUCUGGACGAGUACCACACCAUCCAGCUGCACUUCCACUGGGGGGGGCCGGCCACAAACGGCUCCGAGCACACAGUGGACGGACGCCGAUACCCAAUGGAGAUGCACAUUGUCAGCGUGAAGUCCGUCCACCCGAACAUGUCUGCAGCCUUGGAGGAUCCGACUGGACUCGCUGUUCUCGGCUUCUUCAUCGAUGUGGUUUAUGCGGACAACGUGCACUUUGGACACAUUUCCCAAAUGCUGUCUUCCGUUGCUUACAAAGGCCAAACAGCUAAAGUCAAGCCUUUUCCUCUGAUGGGUCUCCUGCCCAGGCACAACAUGAGCCAGUAUUACCGUUACUACGGCAGCCUCACCACCCCUCCUUGCUCUCAAGCAGUCGUAUGGACUUUAUAUCAAGUCCCCAUUUACAUCUCAUGGUCUCAACUGGCUCAGUUUACCUCUCAGAUCUUCGCCACGGAGGAGGACGCAGAGCAGGUGACCCCGCUGCAGAACAAUUUCAGACACAUCCACCCCACCUUCGGUCGCAGCGUGACCGCCUCCAGAGACGCCAUACUGCCGAAGGGCGCGGCAGGACGGCCCAUCAGGGCAGCAGUGCUUUUGCUCCCCAUCACCUUUCUGGGAAGCUUUGGGCUUUAGCCCCCAUCACCGCUGGCUGCUCAAAGACAAGUUUCACUGUCAAUUCAGUUUUAAACUUGUGUUUUAUUGUUUAAACAAAACAGGAAUAAUAUAGAUUCUAUUUUGAAAGUGUUUGUUUUUAUCAUUGUAGGCCUUUUUCUAGUUUUCCUCAAACUUCAAAGAUGUCUAUAAACAUGCCUUAUUUCCAUAAAUACCUUUUUGAUAUUGAUAAUCAGAAACAUUUAACUCCUUAACGCCAUGUGUUGCUAAUUUGCAACGGACCAUUAAAUCCAGGACUCCACUUAAUUUAGCGGAAAAAACUGAAGAAUAUUUUUUUACAUAGAUAGAGAGAAAGUCAGCCAUGAAGGGGUUAACAUUGUAUGCAUUUUGGAAAAGUCCUGUUUGCAUCCAACAUUUCUUCUAGUUUUUGUCUGAUGAUAAAAACCACAACUUUGCAACAACAACAAAAAAAAAGGGGGGGGGGGGGGGCUAUGUUAGUUUUGAAACCAAGAUCAUUUGAAAUGUUUUGGUCAUUUUAACAUUUAGAUCCCACAAUAGGUUUUGUAUUGUAACAAUAAAAAAAAUAAAUUUCUGUCACAUCUGUG